AUGGUCCAUUACGAGGACUACUCUGACGAUUGCGAUGACGACUACGCCGACAGUUUCUCGGACGGGGACGAAUAUGACGUCUCAUUUUCCGCAAAGGUCAAAAAGCAACCUAUCCACAGUGCUACAAACAAUCCCAAAAGCAAGGAUCAAUCAAAGGAUGUUAAGCAGCCCAUGCAGCAAAAGAAGAAUCACCAACGGGCCGCAAAGCCUGCAUCGGGAAGUAUCAAGCCAGCACCCACAUGGAUCUCUCUUGCUGGGCAUGUGGAUUCUGGAAAGUCUACAUUGACUGCGCGGAUUCUGCGAUUGGCUGAUUCACCUGACGUAACACCGGAAGAGCAAAGACAUGGGAUCACCAUGGAGCUCAUGAUGAAAAGGAUGGAAGGCUUUGUUUUCAUUGAUGCUCCCGGACAUUCUGAUCUUCUUGAAGUGACCAGUAAAGCUGCCUCACUCGCAUCCAUCAUUAUUGUUGUGAUCGAUCCGACUCCUGGUGAAUUCGAGCGCGGCCUUGGGGCCCAGACCGAAGAGCAUCUUCGUGCCAUUUCAAUUCUUGCGCCUUUACCUCUGCAUUUGCUCAGUUGGGAUAUGCUACGUUUCCACACCGUCGCCGAGAUUCUCUCGUCACUGGUCGAGCAAAUCUGGAGGGAAUCCGUAUUCUCCACACCACCAGCCACCAUACAAUGUGUUCCUCUCUCCGCUAUCACCGGCGAUAAUGUCUUUGAUUUGGAUAUUUCUAACUUGAGCAUCGCCGAUGGAAACGGCGCUACUGCAAAUACAAACGAUCAUUUUCUUACGCUUUGGGAGGCAAUUAGCAAGACUUCUCGUGCACAAUCACAAACAGAGACUCCCAAAAGCAUUGGCAGUGCUUUUUUACUCUCUGUUCUUCAUACAACAUCGGCAGCCGGAUCCAAUUCAUUUGUACUUGAGGGCCGCGUGGCCCAUGGUACCAUUGCACUGGCGUCUGCCGGCUGCAUGAGUGUUCGGAUUUAUCCAGGUGCACACCUUGCCAAGCUGUCCAAGCUUGCCCUUGCAGAUAACGAAGUGCAUUCUCCCUUGCCAGCGACUGUGCGGAGCACAUCUCCGACCAAAUCGAGCAUCUCAUCUGCAAAAUACAUCGAAACGGGAGAAUUUGUGUCAUUUUCACUUGAUGCCGAUCCUUCACUAGUAGCCACAAGUACUUCUCUGAUAGUUUCGCAAUCGUUCCAAUGGCCGGUCCGUGAAGAGCGCAUUUUCGAUGGAAAAAUUUCGCUCCUGCCCCUCAAAAAGCACGCCGAUUUUAUUGUAGUGCCUGGGUCAACGUUUAUUGCCCUCAUUUCGUCGAUUGCAGGCAUGAGAUCAAUGCCUUGUGAAAUUAUGGCAAUCAAUCCGACUGCCCCUUCUUUGCGUGCACCGAGGUUUCUCCGCCCAGGUGCGAGAGGCUGCGUACGCCUGCGGUUUGAUUUUGCCAUCCUGUGUGCACCACCGUUCCCGCAAAUCAAAUUCUUGCUCUUGCAUCACGGCAAGUCCGUAGCGACCGGCGUAGCGGAUGCCCCUAAACACAAAGCGCCGCGCUUUGGUGUAGGUCAAAUGCAAAGCUGGUCCACUCCAGUUGGGGCUAUAGUUGAUGCACCGUAG